AUGGAGGAAGCCAACACUGCUGCGCGUGGCCGUACAGCUACACUGGAUGUCAACUCAACCGUUCGGCCUGGCCUCCUCGUCAAGCUCGACUUCAGCCCGAUUAUGACGACCAGCACCGACGCUCCGCCCGAAGAUGCGACCGAUCCGACCGCAAGCUCCAUCUUUAUGCCACGACCCGCGCAGCCCCCACUACAACCCAUCCAGCCCGAGACCACAUCGAUACGGAAUGAAAACGUCCACUUACCUUCGCUGUCCGACUUUGCACCAGAAAUAUCCUUACCUAUUGUCGUUUUACCUCACCAUCAAUCUACCCAGAACAAUGGACGGCUCACGCAGAAGGAGAAGCCACCGAGCAACGACAGCCAGACCGGCACGGAAGAGACAUCCUUUGCGCAGGCGCUUCUACAGCUGAAGCACGGCCAUGCUAGCUCUUUAUCUCACGAUGCGGUGACAUUGCCUGUGAUCGCAGCCGGAUCAAGGCUUCCGCCCAAGAUGGUUUUCGCUGGGCCAGAUGAGCCUACACCACAGAAAGAGGUGGUGACGGUGGAGAAAGCAAGUGUGAGAAUAUCCGAACCUGAGUCAGACUGCAUCAGUGUCCACAGGCCACGUCCGGCGGGUGAGGAUCUCGUACACCUUGAAGACCCUCCUGCCGAGCAGGCAUCGGAACCAAGGGAGGAAAUGGAGCAGCAGGAACCGCGAUCAGAUGCCAGCUCGACACAAUCGCUGAUCGUGGUCAUGCGACUGCCACAUGCAAGAUCCAAUAGCAUGCAGCUGUCUAUACCAGCCGCACCGACAUCCGAAGACAUCACCUACCCGUCACCACAGACUCAUGCUACAACACCCAGCGAGGUUGCAGGUGCAUCACCACCAGCACUGCAGCAUUCCGAAAUGCCCACGCCACCUUCAGAUGCCGAUAUGCAGGAACCCGAUGUCCCAGUGGACCCCACCGGCUCCAACGAGAUUGAGCCGGCGCAAAGUCAAACCGCACCAGUCGUGCUUCCUGUCGACAUGAUGAAGUUUGAAGCAGGGCUGUACGCUCGGGAGCGGAAUCCCAGAAGAACCGCGACGCGAUUAUACAGCGAAGUGAAGACACCCGAGAAAGCGGCACGACCGAAGCCACCGCCAAAGGCCAAGCCUGCAAAGGCGUUUGUCCAGCCAUCACCGCCACAGCGAGUAUCUGAAAGAACCAGCAAGCGCGCGCGUGUUGAGAACAUCCCCUCCCCGGACAAGCGUCGCAAAUUGAGCAUCGCAUCGGCAUCCACCUCUCGACGAAACUCAUUGGCCACGCGACCAGAAGUCGAAGCGAAGCCAUUCUUCACGCUGGACGGCGGAGAAGCGCGACCAACCCGCGAUGUCGACUACGACCAAGAGUAUGUCGCGAAAAUCAGCGAGGUUCUCGGAAGCGCCAGCAAAGCCAAGGUGGCUGAUACCCACAAGCAGCAGGCCACACGCAUACUGUAUCUCUUGCAACAGGCCAAGCCCGCAUCAGUGGACGAGGCACUCUACCUUACAGCAUCCGAAGCUGAAGAGCAUCUCCGGCCAGGAAAGUUCACCAGACAGAUCAUCGUCACCGCCGAACAACAGCCUCUGCCCCUGCAGACCAUCGAUCAAUUCCUGAACGAGUUUUACGAGGAUGAGGUGAAGGUCUGGAUUCAAGACUCCUCAGCCCGACCCAGCAAGAACUCUCCCAACGUACGACAAGUCAAGAUCUCCGCGGUGAAAGAGCGCAUCCUCGGCGGAGCGACCAAAAAGCCCUGGAAUCUCCUCGAACUGGCCACGCACCAUGAAGAUGGCCUCCGCCCUGCAUUUCUCAACAACGAAGACUGCCGACUCCUCACCAAACUCAAGAUCCCCGGCGCCGCCGACGAAGCUCGCCGCCGCACCUACCCCCAAGGCUUCAAAGAAGUCGAGAAAUGGGCCCUCCUCGCCCAGGCUGGCGCUCUGACCGAACCCCACCAGGACUCGCACGGCUACAGCACGUACAUCACCAUCAACGUCGGCCACGUCGGCUUCGGCUGGUUAUCCUCCCCUACAGACGCCGAGCGUGCCCAAUGGCGCAAAAAGCCUCUGAGCUACACGGGCGGCACAUGGCGGUAUGUGGUGCUCAAACCCGGCCAGACCGUCUUCUUCCCCGCAGGAACUGUGCAUUUCGUCUUUCGUCUACCGUCGGCGGGCAACAGUCUGGCGUUUGGAGGACAUAUUCUGCGGUGUUCGAAUAUUGCGCAUUGGGCGAGGACGUUGCUUGAGGAGCGGGACGCGACGGACGUGACGAAUGAGGAUUUGACGGAUUCGGCGACGGGGUAUUUGGAGAGGGUGGGACGGUUUGUGGAGCAGGCUGUGAAGAAGGGGGAGGUGGAGAGGUGGGGUGGAGGGGAGGAGGUGGAUGAGUUUUUGAGGUUGAAGGAGGAGUUUUUGAGGAGGAAAGUAGACGUCCCCGGCGGCUAUAGGCUCAAGUCCUCUGGACCCGUUAUAUUCCCAUAUUCGACCAUGCAUUCUCCCAUCUCCAUCCCAGUCUACGGACUGGCGGCUGUCUCCCAGCCUUCUGCGGACAUUGCGUAUCGACCUCCUGCUGAGCGAAAUGCGACAUUUUGGGUAUAUAUCGCUGUCCUGACUUUGCCGAGGAGGCUUGACGAGUAG